AUGUCAGAUGUAGUUGUUUCGUACUGGAAAAAAUGUUUAGGUAAGGCAAGAAACUAUUGGGAAAUGGUUGAUGAUAGAAUAAAUAAUGAGAGUGAAGAUAAAGAUGUAGACUUGUAUUCAGGAGACGAAAGCCCUAAUGAGGAA